GCGUUUCUUCUCAAAAAGCUUCCUUUCCUUCAUUCAAUUCCCAAUUCCCCCCCCCCCCCCCCCCAACAAACCAUAAAACUUCCAGACUGAAAGAGAUUGAUACAUCUUUCUGUUAAAAAGAGCUCUGUUUGUUUGGAAAGGGAUAACCCCAUAAGAAUUUCCCUUCCUUUAUAAAACCCCACUUUUCUGCUUCUCUAAAUUCAGUGUGUGUGUGUUUGAACUUUGUUGAAUUCCCUAGCUCACGUGUGACUCCAAGACUUGUUUUUGACACACAAUUCUCUAAGGAAAUGGGUAUGGAACACGGGUUUUCGACACCGAGAACUGAUACAUUUCCUGCUGGAUUGAGGGUGUUGGUUGUUGAUGAUGAUCCAACUUGGUUGAAAAUUCUUGAAAAGAUGCUCAAGAAGUGCUGUUAUGAAGUGACUACUUGUGGGUUAGCUCGUGAGGCUUUGAGGUUGCUUCGGGAUAGAAAAGAUGGAUUUGACAUCGUCAUAAGUGAUGUCAACAUGCCUGACAUGGAUGGCUUCAGACUUCUCGAGCAUGUUGGACUUGAGAUGGAUCUUCCUGUGAUAAUGAUGUCUGUGGAUGGGGAAACAAGCAGGGUGAUGAAAGGUGUUCAGCAUGGAGCAUGUGAUUACCUGCUCAAACCUAUACGAAUGAAGGAGCUUAAGAACAUAUGGCAGCAUGUUUUGAGGAAGAGAAUGCAUGAUGUCAGAGAUAUUGAAUGCUUCGAAGAUAGAAGUGGAACAGACCGUUCUCAUGAUGGACCCUAUGGAGUUGACCAAAGUUUUUUAAAGAAAAGAAAAGACGUUGACAAUGAAAAAGAAUCAAGUGACCCUUCAAGCUCAAAGAAAGCUCGAGUUGUUUGGGCUGUGGAGCUUCACCAAAAGUUUGUGAAAGCUGUAAAUCAGUUAGGAAUCGACAGUGACAAAAUCGGCCCUAAAAAGAUACUAGACCUGAUGGAUGUUCCCUGGCUGACUAGAGAGAAUGUUGCAAGCCAUUUGCAGAAAUACCGGCUUUAUUUAAGCAGGCUACGCGAAGAAGGUAAAUUGGAAAGCUCUAAAGGUGGUGGAAUGCUGAAUCAAGAUCUUCUUUCUCCGAAAGAAUCCAGUGGAAGUUUUAGUCUCCAGAACUCUAGUUUUGGGCAACAAAAUGAUAUUACUAGCAAGUAUGUUUAUCAGGGAACUCCAGUUUUGCCUGUUCAGACUGUAACUUCAGACCCCCCUGAAAAUAAUCCAGAAACAGAGCACAUAAUACCUUUUAGCAUUGAGAAUUGUGCUUCUCACACAUCUAAGAAUUCACAGUUAAGCCUCAACCAUACUUAUGGGUCUAUGGAUAUGAGCAAGCACCCAUCAUUCGACUCUCCUGCAUCUGGUCAGUACCCUUGGAACAGAGAUGUACCAGAUCACCUAACAUUUGAACCUGAGUUUAAGCUACAACCAAAAAUGGAGAGUUGUACUUUCAACCAGCCAACAGUGCCUGUUUUGCAGCAGCAUAUCAGUUCUGAUUCCCCCGAGCAGCAUAUCAGUUCUGGUCCGUCAAUCAGCAAAAGCAACAACAUAGGCCUCAUUGAUAUCAAACCUUUGAAUGUUAAGGAGUGUGACAAUGAUACAAGGAAACUAUCCCUUAUAGAAAGUCCACUUGGGUCAUUCUCGGUGUCAAAUACUGAUGUUUAUGGUAGUGUUUUUGACCUGAAGAACAACAACUUUAGUCAAGGAGUUGAUGGGUUUAAGGAACAACCCUUGUUUGAAAGAUCAUUACAGUCAAUUCCUAUACAUUCAGAGAGUCAUCAUCUGUUAGAUGCACAAGUUUUAGAGCCCUGUUUCGAUGCAACAAUGGGGAUUAUGAAGAAACAGAUUUCCUGUCAGAAUAGCAUAAUUGAUCAGACUAAUGUAACAGGUUCUGCAUCUGACCUGAGAAACCAAGUUUUAGGGAGUGAAUCAGCAGCUUCUGGACUUCUAAGCGAGGAUUUGAUGUUUCGUUGGCUUCAAUAUGGUGAUGUUACCUCCAAAGAUUUUGGAAUGGAUUACAUAGGUUACACAGGGUGCAAUUUUUCAGAUUAUGGCUCUGAAACUCUUUUGCCACCUUAUGUGUCAAAGUUGGAUCCUGAAUAUCUGCUUGAUUGGGCAUAAAUUUCCUCUUGAUCAAUGUCUAGUUCUCUUCACCAGCUCACAUGACUGAGCCAUGUACAACAUUGGAUGGCUACAAUUAAGCAUUAUAUACAGAGUGUCAUCUUUUUUACCUUUUCUUUUUUUUGGAAACCUUUUGUGCAUUAUAAAGUUCCCCUUUCCAACCCUGAAAAUCAAGGUUUCCCCCUUAUUCACAGCUUCCCAGAUUGGCACUUAUAGGUUAAAACUAAGACUGUUUAUGUAUGGAAUUGCCUACAACCCCACUUUUAGGGUUCUUUAGACUAUAUUAGGUGCAUUCUAACCCUUAUAUUGAGAUUUACCUGUUCAAUUUAUUUCAGUUACACUCAAUUGUGGUAA